AUGGCCUCGUCGAUCACACACAUCGAACCGUCCUUCAUGUCCCGUCUCUCCCUCUCAUCCCUUCUAGUUGAUCUUUUCUACAGAAUUGACCACGAUGCAAUCUUCACCGCCAAGUCGAGGGACACUGAAGUGAUGCCGGUGAAUCUUGAGGAAGGAGGAAUUCUAUCAGACACUGAAACUGACCUUUCGGCAGAUUCAGAAGCCGUCGGCUAUCCAGAAGAGUUGACCAUGCACAUUGUGCUCGGAGCUGCGAUGCAAUAUCUACAGGUCCGGGAAUUUGGCUUCGUCGUCAGCCGCGAAGUGCGAGGAUACUCUUAUGAAGAACUCAUUUUGGCUCUCAAGAGACUUUUGAGGUGGCCUAACUGUCCAUCGCCCGCCGUGACCGAUACAGCAUACGACUAUGUCCACCAAGCCGUGAAAGUGGUUAUCGCGCAGCUAGAGAUUGGCAACUGGCCGAUUGAGCCACUGGCGAGGGACGCACGCGAUGUUGACCUUUUUGCAAUUUAUGACGAUGCUGACACAGCAGGCAGGGUGCAACAACGCACACGAAGGUCUGGGUCUCCGGCAGAGAGCAACUGUUCCAUCACACCGAGCGAAAGCGCCUCGCAAGUGCCUUCCCGGGAGACACGAACGAGACAAUGGUACAGUCCCGCGAACACAACAUCUUGGGGUGAAGAGUCUCAUGGGGUAAGGUAUAUUCGCAAGCGAGGUUCGCUUUCCGCGAUCUUUAAUGUUCGGCGACGCCAUCGGUGCUCGGCACCUUCACCCGAGUCUGUGGAUCGAUGA